AUGAACAUCGAAAAAGCAGAAGAGAGAGCCAAAGAGGUCGAGGAGACUCGGCUGCACACAGCCACCGCGACAGUCUUCUUAAGACCAGUGAUUCCAGUUAGUCCACCAAUUCAUCCACCACCUCCACCGCCAACUACUGAGCAACAAUCUCAGGAGAGUCAGCGCGUGUGGUCGACGAUGACUACCCAAAUCGAGACAUCCACCUCGGUGAAACAGUGGAGCACUCCGGCAGAGAAAAUUGUCGAAGGGCACCCGCCUGGUCCGGAUGAUAAGCCGAGCACAUUGGAGGGUGAGGCGAGAAGUGGAAUGCUUCGUGGAAUCACUCCCAACUACAAGCUUGGCACCGAGAGACCCGACAGCCGGAUUGACCUCCCGCACUCUGGACACAUCCCGAAUGCAGACGGGGACUACAAGGUCAAGCAACAACAAGAUCACUACAAACUCACCGUCAUCGAUCCAAAGGUUCGUUCGUCGGCAAACAUGCCUGCUUACUCAACCGGGGUACCCGAUCCACGUCGUUCACGAGCCGGAGAUUUCCCCUCCGAGCACACAAAGCGUUCUUUUGUCAAAGUCGACCCACUCGAGCAGCGAAAGUUGAAGGCAAUGGAUACGCGAGCGAUUUCGACAUCGGCUUACCUCACCGAAUCGGUACAACGACACCGAGAUAUGGAGGCGAGCCGUCUCAAGGAGUAUCUACGGGCAAAAGAAGGCGAUGCGAAUCAACCAUGGAACAAACCCGACUGGCCCGGACCAAGACAUCAGCCACCAAAGAACGACGAAAGUCUUCGAGAACUCGACAGCAUCAAAGAGAGAAUUGCCACUCUUCAAAAGAAAGUACAACGAAGUCAAUCUAUGCAAGAACUCAUGCUCAUCCCACCCGACGAGUUUGCUAGAACGUUUACGCCAAUGCCUUCAGCCUCAUCAACUCGAGAUCCAGGAUGGCUUGUAAAAAUGCGUUCAAAUAGAUAUCUAGAGGAAGUGUCUCAGAAUAUCCGCAAGCAUCUUUCGAUGGAUCAAUUGGGCGCUCUUUCACCCCGGCAAGAGCCCGAGCACAAUGAUAUUAACGCUCGUCCAAGCGGUGACGAUCCCUUGCAUUGGCAGCUUCGCAAAGAAUUUCAUCUCACUAAAUACUCGGGUGCACUUGUUAUGGUGCGCCCAUGGCUCACGGGACCCUUUCGAAGCGAAGCCGCAAACACCAAUCCACUCGAUGAUCCGGGUCAUUCUGUGAGAAGAUUACGAGCUCGAUAUCUGCAAAGCGUUCAAGCAGCAAGUGGUAGCAAGAGCUCUAGAAGCGGUCGUCCCGGUCUACAAGUUGCUCCCACACUGCCACCUUUGCCCGAAGAAGUCUAUCGCAGUGGCGAAGAGCUAGAAAUUGAGCGGCGUACAUCGUGGCAACCAAGUGAGGGCGCGCCGCGUGUCCAACCGACGAUUAGCUCCCUACCGGAAAGGCGGAGGACGCAUAGCGGCGCGCCACUCUAUCCACCGGGAAGCACCGAUCGUAUUGAAAGCGAAUCACAACCAGCUGAUCGACCACUGGAACCGACGGUCUACGAAAAUAAACCACUCCCACCAUCUGUUAUUGGUGUAAACGUUGAAAGGGAAACUCGGCAAACGAGACCAUCAACAGCAAUAGGAAACGAUUACCCGGAAAGAUUGAUGAGCCCACCGCCCAAUCGGGAACCACGAGGAAUUUUAAAACAAUCGUACUCUCACUUUGAAGCUCAUCAAGCCUAUCAAUCGGAAAUGAGAGAAACAGGCUCAUCACCACUUAAACAGCAUGAACAGGCUUCUCGCCGACCUCCACUUGAAAAUGGAUAUGAGGAACGGCCACUUCCUGGAACGGCUUUUCAAGAAUUGCCUGAAGAAGAACGAGUUCGAAUUAUGCAGGAAAAUUUGCAAAGACAUCGUCUCGGUCAACGAGCAACCGGAGCAUCACAGCCAAAGCUACCGGCUAGCUCUUUUAACGGCCCUUUCUUCAAAUUGGAGGAAGUGGGUCCCGGAGGAGCGUCUCGAAGUCGACCUCAAUCCGUGGCUCCACCACUCGGAUCUGUAACGGAAAUGCGAGAAAGCAUUGAAGAACGUGAUGAAGGGCAUUUCCGAAGUCAGCAAAUUGAGUACAGCUAUGAACAAUCAUCACAACAAUUGCAAAAGAUGCGUCAAAUGUCUGCCUCCGAAGUCGAACUCCAACGCCACAACGAAAGCCAUGAUGAUCCUACGGCUCCCUCGGUGGUGAUUUGGCCACCGCCGUCAGCGAAAAAAGAACGACCUCGAAGUCAAUCAGUGAUGUCAAGAAGUAUCACUGAUCCGGAUCGGAUAGAUGAGUUUCGACGCCAAAAAGAUCUUGAAAAGGAAGCGAUUCGUCGUCGAGAGGAUCGAUUGCAGAGAGAUCUCGAAAAACAAGUUUAUGCAAUGGAACUCCAGCAACACAGACUUUACGAACAGCAAUCAGUUUCCGCCACUCAAUCGCCAUAUCCUCAACAAUAUCAGUAUCCACAAGAAAUCUCUUACGAUCAACAACGCUAUUCAAUGAGAGAGCCGUACCCACCUUUGCAACAAUACACAGCUCCAUUGUCUCCGGCUCGUGAAGUCCCAUACACUCAACCCCAUGCUCAUGAUCCGGGUCCACCACCGCCUGCUCAAGUAAGGGUUUUUGAAACAAGACCUUUAAGUGCGAUGAGUGAAAGCGGCCAUCAAACAAGUCCACAAGUGCCAACUUGGAAACGAACCUAUAUUGUGGAAAAGCCGAAUAUUGAAGCAAAAAAUGAGAUUCUGACUGGAGAUGAAGUGCUGGAGAAAGAUCUACAAGAUGUCGAGAUUGACAUUUUGAAAAGGCGAGAAGCGUUUGUGGAAAAGCCCGAACUCGAGCCGGAGAUUUUCCGAACAGGGCGUCGAUGGCAACCACCUCCAGAAAGGCCGUAUGUUUGGCCGACUUUGCGGCGCCCAGUUUCCGUAGAUCCGACACUCCCGCCUAGAGAUUUUACUCCCGGACCACCACACUCACCCGACGAUGCCGGCUAUCAAUGGGCGCCACUAGUGUACGAUCCAGCCUACAAGAAAGAGCAAAAGAAUUUCACCCCACAACACUCACCACCGCAUUCCCCAAUCCGAGGACAUGGCACAGGCCCGCUUGAUGAGCCGGCAAAGCGGCAAACUCGUUAUUUGGUUAAACCGGCAGCUGAUGGAUCACAUCGACCUCGUCCAGCAUUUGGUGGUCCUCGACAUACGCCUAGUGGAGGAUUUUAUCCUCAUGCUCCAAAUGCUAUUAAGGUGAUCAAAAGACCAAAUUCACCAAAUGCGGAGCCACAAAUUGAAAUCAUUCAUCAAAGGAAUUUCCAUCGUCUUGAUGAAAUUGGCUCUCCGACUCCUCGAGCGUCGACCUCAGAUCGACGGACUCGCAAAGAGUCGUACUCGAGUAGUCAAAUCGAUCGGGAUCAGCUGCAGGAUUGGGAGAAAAUCUAUGAUCUGCCACCACAUUCCUCUCAAAUUGUCAGCAAAGAAGUGCCGCAACAUGUUGAUGUGAAGCGAAGAUUAGCUCACUUUGAAGAAUCCGCUAGAAGAAUCACCGGUCGAAUGGCAGCCAGAGCUUUAAGCUUAACUCAUCUUGAUCAAGUGCCUCCACCAGACUAUGAUGAACACCCUGGAGUAACAGUGGCUACGUUACCGCAUCGACGAUCAGAAAGACAAGCACAUCAUCAUCAUCAGAACUAUCAACACGAGCAACAUGCAAGCACAGCAAGACGUGAAAAUCGCGAAGAGAGAGAGGUGCGAAGACACCGCGAGCGACAAUUGAUCGAAAGUGAGCGCCGUCGUGCCGCAUACAUGCACGGGUUGGCGCGCGAGUCGCGGCAAUCUCAACACGAUCGGCACCGAUCCUACGAGAGCGCCCACUCAUCACAGCAUCAUCAGGUAGCACGUCGAGAGUCGAGCUCCUCAUCUCGUGUGGGGUCACCGAUGCACACCGGUGUGCCAAUUCGGCACUCAUCACAUUCACAGCGACACCAACAACCGUCACGGUCGCAAUCGAGACUCUCACAGCCAACGACCAUAGCUUUAAGCCCACAGCCUCGCUCUGAGACACCAGGCGCAGCUCGAGUGAGAAGCAAAAUGGCAGUGCUGACUGGUCCCUCGCCACCACCUCCUUCUUAUGAAAGAGCUCGACGAUAUCUUCCACCACCACUCCCUGAAGGAUACCGGUUGACUGAUCCGGGAGUCGAUCCUCGAGCCACGUCACCUUCUCAGGGAAACACACAGAGACUCGUGCGCUCUGUCCAAGAACAAGCACGCUCUAUAGCAGCAUCUCCAACUCCAGCACCCGGCACUCCACCGGGACGUGUUGGGAGCUCCCGAGAUCCCCGUUCUCCAAAUCCUCGUUAUUUG